CCUGUCAACGUUGAGUCAACAAACGUGCAAAAUGUUGCAGAAGCAGAAAGACGCGGCAGCUGCAGGAUGUGAGUUAUGGCAAGUCCCGCCUGCCGUACUGAGGGUGAGUGGUUGUGCAGGCGAGUCGUGUGAUUGGCUCAUUGCUCACGCGUCUCGCGCGGACCUGAGUGAUGGCGGCUGUCAUCGCGUGGCUGUGUCGAUGAUCUGGAUUACGACUGCAGUCAUUGGUGACCAGGGCACAGGGGCAGCAGCGGGCGGGCAGGCACAGGCGGGGCACCAGCAGGUGGCGACACGAGAUGACUGGUUGCCGGGCCGUGGUGCCAGCAUGACGAGCGGGCUGCUGACCUUCUGUCUUGGUGUCGUCAUGGCGGUCGUGCUGCCGCUGUCGCAAGGCGAAGAGUGCCAGUACCACUUUACGUAUCAAGAUGGUCUGCAGGGUACAUUCACGUCACCCGGCUUUCCAGAGAAGUACCCGAUGCAGAUUAAGUGCUACUACCUGUUUGAUGCCGUCAAUAACGGCGGGGUGCAAAUCAAGUUUGAUGUCUUCCACCUGGAGGAGAAGGAGGACGCCGACUCAUCGUGUCUGUACGACUACAUCGACGUGUACACGGUGGACAGUCAGGGCUACAAGACUGUGCUGGGGCGGUACUGCGGCACCCAGAUGCCGGCCCCCAUCACCUCGCCCCAGUCUCGUCUGCUCAUUGAGUUCGUGUCUGACUACACCAAGCCCUCCACCGGCUUCCUGGGCCGCUACACCUUCCUGGACGACAACUGGCAGCCCUUUGACCACAAUGACCAGUACUGUGGGCACGGCAUCAGGGAGGGCCCCGGGGGGAUCAUCGAGUCGCCGGGUUUCCCCAGACCGUUCCCGCCAAAGGUCAACUGUUCCUGGCUGAUCAAGGUGAAGGAUAAUGAGCAGGUUCUCAUCAUCAUCGAUGCCCUGAACAUCGGAUCCAGCUCGCAAUGCUCGCGGGCGUCACUGCAGCUGUACGACGGCUACGCCACCAACAACACCGUGCCCAAGGACACCCUGUGCGGUCAGAUGCGCUCAGUCAUCGCCCUCCGGAAGAAAGAAACCACGUCUACGUCAUCCAGAGUCGUCGUCAGGUUCAUCACUGGCUCGGAGAAUGAAGAGCGAAGUACCGGGUUCCGGUUGAUAUGGACAGCCUUCCAGCUGCUAGAACGAGGCACGUGUCCAGAGUUUCAGUGUGCGGGCGGGGUGUACUGUGUGGAGGGGGUGCUGUGCGACAAGCUGCCUCAGUACUGCAUCAGCCACGCGCUGCGCUGCAACAGCAUCUCCAACUGCGGCGACCACGACGACAGCGACGAGCGCAAAUGUGCGCGGGAGAUCCUCAUCAUGACGGCGCUCAUCGCCAUCCCCAGCCUGGCCGUCGUGACGCUGGUGGCGCUGGUCAUCUUCUGCUACCGCUCCAAGCGGGUCAAGAAGUCCACGUCACAAGAUCAACCUCUGACCUCGGGCUACAGGCAAGGGUCAUCGAAGGAGUCCUUCACCUCUCACCGCAGCGUGCAGCAGUGCGUCAUGCACACCAGCUUCAUCGACAGCGGCAACGGCGCGUGCGGCAGCGGCGAGGGGGCGGGUGGCGUGUGCGUGGCGGGGGCGGGGGCGGGGCUAGAUGACAAACUGCCGGCCCUGCAGCUGCCGGAUGACAUGGACAUCGACGACCAGCAGCUGCAGAUCCCCCUGCCCCGCCUGCCGGACCCUAACUACCGGACUCACGAGAAGCGGGCGUCGUACCACAUGAAGGAGAACUUUGAGGAUGGCAGCGCCAUCAUAGCGGAGAUCUGAGGCUCUGGCCACACCUCACGCAGCGUCCUCCCACACAGUCACGUGCGUCACGCGCCGUCACCUGACCUCCUGUCGUCAGCACGAAGGACAAGCGUGUCGCCUCGUGGAUGUCGGCUACCAAACUCUGUGAGACUGGAGUAUCGCUACUAGACUCUGUGAGUCUGGGGUGUCCGGUGCCAGCCUCACUGGAACUGUCAGACGAUGUAGAGCACGCCGCCAUUCGUACCGGAGACACUUCCAACGACGCUGUGACCACCUCGACAACUGUGUCUGCAAUGUUAUCAACAUCCACGAAGUAGAGUCGGUGGUCGGUUUCGCAAGUGGAUAAAAGGGGACGACAGGUAAGAUACUGACGAUACGGAUGCAGGUAUAGAACGCUGGAAGGCUGCAGUCACGUACAACGAAUAUAAACUUCAGACAACAGUGUUGGUCCGUACACAGAGGUCGCUCCGCCAGCAUCUCAGCGCACGUGACGUGAAAUGUCUUCUACACAAACGUGGCGACGACGUGGCGACGACAACUGCUAACAACGUGGAGACGGCGGGUGGUAACAAUGUUAACACCAUGUCACGUGGGGACAACGUAGCUAACAACGUGUGCACCACGUGAUUGGAAGUCACUGAGAUCUCGGAGUGUCACGCGCUGCAACACGAAGCAUUUCUGUCUUCAGAGGGCCGGUCGCUGCCACCCGAUGAUAACGAAGACGCAUCAUGUGGAGACCCUCCUGCUUCCGGAAACGACCUUUGACCGGUUUUUCUGCUUGGCGAUUCCCUCUACCUCCAGGGCUUGUAGCAGCUUACACCAGGAGUUGAAGGCAUUACACAGGGUAUGCUACAUCACACACACAUCAACAGACACACAAACACACACACACCAUUGCGACUGCUGGACCUCGUCUGAGAGAUUGUUGUCAUCGUCUCCACAGUUUCUACUCUCCACAAUCGACCAACAGAUCUGUAAAAAGGGCGAUAACUGUUGUCAUGGGAGAUAACCGUUCGCUCCUGUUCUCCUCUGACAGCUGAGUGAGGAUGGUGAUGUGAUGAUAGCAUCCCAGACAGUUCCUGAGAUCGUGCCAUUAACACCUGACAUUUAGCCCUGACUGACUUUUAUCGCCUUGGUGGUGUCACGCUGACAGUGUCACAUUGACAGUGUCACAUUGACAGUGUCAGUUUUGACAAAUGGGAGGAUUUCUGACAGGCGCCAAAGAAGGAGUUGUCCCCUUCACAGAAUCUCGCAAAGUUCUGUAACCAGUAAUUCAGUGGGUGACAAAUAUCACCUCCGUCUGUAGUCGUCACUGAUACAAUCAAUCAUUCUCCAAGGAAAACAAAUAAGUAAAUACAGUGUCACUGAUACAAUCAAUCAUUCUCCAAGGAAAACAAAUAAGUAAAUAAGUGUCACUGAUACAAUCAAUCAUUCUCCAAUAAAAGCAGAUCAGAAAACAUCAAACUAACAAGGGGACUACAGUGGACUACAGCGCACGUCCUUUUGCAAUUUGUUUUAAAGAGAACCGCUGACAUUGUGGAGAAAAGCGGAAGAUACGACUAUAAGGCUAGGAAGCAGACGAGAGCUUAACCUGCUCAGGGAUGAUCUAAUGCUCAAUUUUUGUAACGGCUGAUGGGAGGGUUGGUGCCGUGUGUAGUUUGUCCUGUUACAUAAAUAUUCCACGAGUCUGAGGUAGGAUUUAUUGAGCUGAACUCUCACAUCAUAAACUAUUUAUAGAAACACCAAGUAAGUAGUUGAUGGCCAUGAACAGAGGUCAAGUGGAGGUCACGUCUGGUUGAUGUACAGGUCAGUGAAGGUCAUCGUCAAGCAACUUCCGGUGUUUCCUCACGAGGACUGACCACAGACAACGUCAGUCGCGAGGGGAAGAAGGUGGACUUGAUGAUGUCAGGGAGACUUGCCAGACCCUCCUACCUCCCACACGUGUGGCACACUAUGUCACGUGAUGCCGGAAUCCAACUGUCCUCCCAGCAGCCUCCAGUGGCAGACGGCCAUCCCUGCUACAUCCGUAUCCGGCGGAAAAUCUCUUUCCUCACAGGACCCAACGGUGUUUGAAGGCAAAGCGGUUCACUUCCCACCCGAGUGUGGAUUUAUUUCUGCUGAUUGUAGACUUGUUUUUUCUAAACAUCUGUUUCUUCUCAUUCCGGACUUUUCAUCCAUUUCUUGUGUGUAGAUAGAAAACGACGGGAGAUGGGCAACGUGUGUGGGAGACUUCGACACACCGCCAGAAGACUGCAAGUUCUACCCGGACAACAGUGAAUUCAACACAAGCACACGGAUGUCCUAGCAUCUUGUUAAGUAUUCACUUCUGACACUAUGGUUUAUCGGUGACAAUUCUACCCGUGAGAAUACUUGUGACACCAUGAUAUUCGGUGAAAAUAUCUGCAUGUGAGAUUGUGGUCUACCGUCGAAAAAUACUGACUCCCCUUCUGUGAAUUAUUUCGCGCUGAGUAAAUUACAUUUUUACAUCUUCUGUGAAUAGUUUAAGGAAAAGUAAAUUAUAUUUCCACCUGCAUAACAUGUACACGAGAUGGUUGUAUACACGCUGUACAGCUUGUGCUCACGUAGGCUGUACACCUUGUAUACAGUACACACCCUAGACUACACACAUCCAUGAUAUACGUGUACACCAGAUGGUUUGUGCCCGUGUUCUUUACACAUGCACACUCUAUCUACUAUACUCAUGCACACGUCAUUUCUCUAGCAAUACACAGCCAGGUGUAUACACAGGUACCCGCCAGGUCUGGACUCGUGUGCACUUAACGACUUCAACUCACAAACCGCUCAAGAGAAACACGCCCUCUCCUGUCUUUUAUUCUUGUCUUUGAUUCUGGGGGACCAUGGUAUCCGCAUGUAGAGGCUGCUGUGCAGUGCUGUGACUGGUCCAGUGUCACCUCAGUUCACUGGGGCGUGACCUCAGCUCACUGGGGGCGUGACCUCAGUUCACCGGGGGCGUGACCUCAGCUCACCGGGGGCGUGACCUCAGGGUAUAAGGCUGCUCACGCGCGCCAAAACUGUGAAGGUCAAGGCUGCAAAUGACGCGUCUGACAACAGGGACGUUGAUGCUGCCGUGGACUUUGUGUUAUUAGUUUGUCAUGAGUAAUGUUCACUGAUCUCAACGUUCAGUGUUCAGUAAACUACCAGUAUUCAUUGAACUCUUAGGUUCAUCGACUGGAAGUAGUCCGCAGCUGACUUACAGCAGGAAGACGUGUGUCACGACAUUUUAUAUGUAGAUGUUUAUUAGCACCUUUGUAUGUUUAUUAGCACCUUUGUAUGUUUAUUAGCACCUUUUGUAUGUUUAUUAGCACCUUUGUAUGUUUAUUAGCAACUUUGUAUGUUUAUUAGCACCUUUUGUAUGUUUAUUAGCAACUUUGCACGUUUAUUGACAUCGCAUCUUUGCACCUGGAUUGUUUUCUUAGUACACAUUCGUGUUUGUAAUGUGUUGACGUGUUACGUUGUCACGUGACACCUUUGAUUUCCACCGAACUACUUGGAAGUUGUGAGAGGUUAAGCUCUGCAUGAUCAUGAAAUGUCUGGCUGCUGGGUUAAAGGUGAAGAACCCGGGUGCACCCCGGGUUGUGAUCGGUAGUGAUGUCACCGAGGCCAGCAUUGUGUGCUAGUGCUCACGUUCCCGGGUCAAACCGAACGUCAGACAACGUGAUUGGUGGCUGAUGGCCAGAGUCAGUCACGUGCUGCUUGUGUUUCCUGCUAUUUUACAGAAAACAAGUUUUCUCGGUGGAACUCUACGCCGCACGUGCACAUGAGAGCCAGAAAUGUCAGUUCACAAAGCGCUGGAGGCGGUGAACGAGGUGAAACACCCUGAGUCCAUGCAGUCCUCCUCGUUCCCCACAAUGCAGCAGCUUGCCGUCUAUUCUCACGUGUUCACCUUUAACCUUUACAUAUCUGCGGUAGGCCACGACGCUUGUAGCAAAACCACUGAGCUAUCAGCAAAACGGAGAAUAUGCCAAAGGUUAUUCAAAUUAAAAUUAAAUGCUAAUUGUGCAAUGGAAAUUAAACCAUAGUUCAAAAUGGAAAACCCACUGACCUCUGUUCAACUGUGUUUGGAGCCAAUCAAGUUUCUGUUUGUGUUCUUAAAACUCGCUUCCACCCAAGACGACUUGUUUCAGUUUUACUUCCAGGUUCCCCCUAGACUGGGCCUAGAGGCUUUUUGUUUGCGACAUUCACCAGACGUUUGUCUGCCUGUGCGUCACGCAUAAUGAGCAUCAUUCAUUCCUUUGGUUGUCGCUAUCACCACAUUGACUCGCUCGCUGGUGUCGGUCGUCAGAGGACCUGAUAGACGCAGCCGUUGACGACACUCGCCACUGAGGUCUCGAGCGAUGGUGAGCAGGUUCUUCAUGGAGCGACCCUCCACUCCACGUUUGCCCUCCAGCUUUUCCUUUGUCCACCUCGGGUGUGACCCCCUUCCUGGUGCCGUGAAGGACGAGGUACGAGCUCACAUUCUCCUGGUGUCUGGUGACCUCCGCCUGUGGCUUUCGUCUGUUGUGGUCUCACCAGCCCCUGGCCAUCGGACCUCUGCCAGUCCCAGAAAUAUCACACCGCCAUAGUUCUACCUCACGGGUGUGAUUUGAUACCUUACCCUAGUGGUAUAAUAGUGUGCGGACAUUUCACCUACCACUUUCAGUUCUUUCUCUCAGCUUUGUUGAUUGUUCGCUGUCCCCUUCACCGGAACUUGCCCAAAGAGCUCGCGAUCGUUGUUGGGUUGGGGAAAGGAAGGCAGCGAGGGGGGGGGGAGAGGAAGGAGAUGGACACUGCCCUCCUGUAAAGCUGGCCUUCACAAAAGUGAGGUCUCUAACACCUGACCCCUAACGACUUGAAAGGGUUAGGGGAUGACCUCUACCUAUCUGUGCUUGUCCACGUGACCUCAGUCUCCUCAAGCUGCAUGGCAGGCGACACCAUCAGAUGAUGAGGUCAUGGUGGGGCAGUAGAUGGGAGCAGCAUUCAAGCUGCUGUGACUUGCUGGUCCCCCGACAGGUGGACUUUCUUCUGGUGACUAGUUUACCUCCAUGACCCCCUCUGUCUGGAGCCGUACUUUCCUCGCAUUUUAUCUCAGCUCGUCAUUUCUCUCUGUCUUUUUCACCUCAAAUUGUAGACCCUGCUUUCUCUCGUUCAUUCUCCCAAGUUAAGUAUCGAAGUAAAAAAAAAAAACAAAAAACAAAACAAAACAAAAAAAAAAAACAACAAAAAAACAACAAA